AUUCAUUUUGUUCUUUGAAAUGUGGCUUGCGCAAUAGCUCGAAGCGAUGCAUGAGAUUUUCUCAACCAAUCACAUUCAACUUAUCAAUGCCGCCAUGUUUACUAAGGCUAGUGCGUUUUGUUGGAAUGUUAACUUGAUGGAAAUAAUAAAAUUAUGAUAACUAUGAAGUAAAACAAUAAAUUAACUCAAUUUUAAUUAUUACCGUGAAACAUUGUGUUCUGAAAUGGAUAAAAGAUCGCUUCACAACAAGCGUAAAAAGAACUCUUCGAGGACACAUGAGCGCUCUAACCAAGGUAUUUUUGACAAAGUUGCAUCAAAAGUAAAAGGUUUUCUAAAUCCGUGGCUUUCCAUUUGGAAUUCAGUAACAGAAGAGGAUUGCAGCAGCUCAAGUGACAAUGAAGAUGCUCUACAAGAACCAGAGCUUGUGCCUCAAAUUACUUUGCAGAGUGCUAAAAGGCCUAGACUAAGUGAUCAUUCUCUGCCAGGGUGCUCUAGCAAUUCACUGCAUAUUGAACCUACCCGAGAGAUAGACUAUACUUCAUCUCUCCCUUCUCGGGGCAUUAACAGACUGAAAUUACAUGAACAUUCUGUGCCUGGUUGCUCAACAGAUGUUUUUAGUCAAGCAUCACAAGAACAGGACUAUUCAAUUCAGAACUCUACUCAUGGUAGCAAAAGACAAAGACUGAAUUUGGAUCAAAAUCCUAAUCUUUUAAGUGCGGGUACUCAGACAUGGCUAGAAGUGCCAGAGAGACCUAAUCUUUAUAGUCAGGCGUCUGCCCAUAUACCAUCAAGCAAUGUGCAGAAUUCUUUAAUUGAAAACAAAGAUUCGUCUGUAAUCCUAAAUGGUGAUGAUCAUUCUGAAAAUAGUGAAGGAUCAGCAUCUACAAGUGGUUGUUCCUCUCUUGUAUCCCACAAAGAUAGAAUUAACUGUAUGUCUUCAAUUAUGUUAAGUGAAAGUGAUAUAAAAAGUAGGAGAGAUGCUGCUUCUCAGAAAGGAAAAAUACCUGGUGAUAUUAACUGUAGCCGAAUGUCUUUAUGGUCAUCAGGGGGAAGCUCAGCUGUAAGGUCUGUGAGAUCCCCGACAGUAAUGCAGACAAAUCAACCAGGAUUUAGUCUCAGCACAUUUAUUGGUUCCUCUAAGCCAUCUGAUAGAAAAGUGGCUUCUCCUUUUUAUCAAGGUAAAACAUCAUAUGGUGGAGCUUCAGCCUCUAGAAGAAUGCCACCCGCUGCUGCACCUUAUCAGGUUGAUAAACCCCUAAGGAAUCAAAUUAAGUAUCGCUCAAAUGAACCGAAGGAUAGCUAUGAAGGUAUGAGCUCUGCUGCUAGGAGAAUUUUGCAAACCUUAGAAAAAAUGUCUUCUCCGGUGACUGAUGCUAAGAAGAUUCCAAACACUAAUAAAUCUCCAAUUGAUUUAUCUUUGUAUCUCAUGCCUCCUAAACAUCGAAAAAACUUUCAGUCUUCUACACCAGCUGGACCUUCUAGAGGACCUCCUAUUGCUGAUAUCAGUACUAUAUCAAAAUUAACUACAUUAAAAAAUUAUGGACAGAAGCGAUUCCAAAAUUCAAUACUGGACUCUCCUACUUUACUUAGUGAAAAGACUAGCUCUAUAUUAAAUGUAUUGCCUCAAAUUCUUCAGAGUUCACCAGAAAUGCCUUCACUCCCAAGUGGUGGUGGCAAAAUGAGAAACAAAUUACAUCAACAGCACCAGCCUGCAGCAAAAAAUAAGUUUAAUGCCAAUGAGAUGGAAUCAAGGAUGAGUGAUUAUAUAGAUACAAUCCCUGAUCCUACAGACUUGCCAGAAAUCACAUUACCUAUUACUACACUGCCGACCAUUUCAUUUGGACAAACUACAGUCAAAAAUACUUGUGAUUCUUCAAAUAAAGGAAAGAACUUCACAUUUUCUAAUCCUAUUGAACUUGUACCAAAUUCUGAGUUGUCAAAUCCAACACUCCCUGUAAUUAGUAAUUUAUCUUCAUCUUUUUUGAGUCAACCUGAUGUAAAUAAAAACCAACCAGCAAACACCUUCACCUUUUCCAAUCCAAUUGAACUUGAAAAUCCAAUUGUGACUGUAUCUACCAAUUCUAAUACACAAUGUAAGCUUAAUUUCAACUCAAAGUCUGUAGAAAGUACUUGGAAGUGCAGUGCUUGUUGGGUGAAUAAUCCUGAUUCUGUGACUAAAUGCCAGUGUUGUGAAAAUCCCAAGGAGGUUUUAUCUAAUGCUUCAAAGACAUUCUCUACAGCUACAAUGUUACCUUUUAAACCAUCUUCUCCUAAAACACCUUCAAAUGAUGAGUUACAAAAACCCGUUUCUUCUGUUCUUCCUCUUUCAACCGCUGGGUUCGGAACUGCUACUGCCAAUUCUGCAUCGACCUGGGCUUGCAGUGAAUGCUGGGUUUCUAAUCCUGCAACCAAGGAAAAGUGUGCAUGUUGUGAAGCACCUUGUCCAUCUAAGGGAAAAAUCACUGGUGGCAGUUCCAACAAAGAAUCAAGGUCAAUAAAUUCUAGCUCAAAUUCAGCUUUUGGAUGCGCUAGUAUACCAGCGUCAUCAAGUAGUCAAUCUGGCUUUAAUUUUAGUGGAUUAUCCAAAGUUCCUCAAAUUUCUUCCACGUGGGAGUGUGAUGCUUGUUUAGUGAGAAAUGAAAUGGAUAAACAAAAAUGUGUGGCUUGUGAAACACUGCGUCCAAAUAAAAGCAACCUUUCUGGUUUCUCAUUUAAGGGAACUAAUGAAGCAAAGUCUAAUGCUACCUUAAAUUUCAAUUCACCUUUAAAUAGUGCUGUGAGUUCUGGAUUUUUGUUAAAUACUACCACUGCAUCUUCUUCAACUUCUGCUACAACUACUGGAUUUACACUUAGUACUACAGUUAAACCUGUUUCUGAUGGUUUUACUUUAAAUACGAGUGAGCCAACCGCAUCAUCUGUAUCAGUAACACCAGCCUCAACUUCAACCUGUACUUUUGGUUCUGGUACACUUUCUUCUGUCAAACCUUCAUCUAUUAGCUCAGAAAACAAAGUAGCACCAACUGCUGAUGUUCCUUUUAAGUUUGGAGAUAAGACAAUUGCUACAAGUGAUCCCGCUCCUUCAUUUGGCUCAUCAAACAACCUUUUUACAUUUGGUACCAAAUCAGUUGCCACUAAUUCGCCAAAAUCUGCCGUUUCAUCAUCUGAAAACCCUACUCCUGUCGUAGGUAAUAUGCCUCAAAAACCAAUCUUUGGAAAUUCUCCAUUAUCUUCUUCUUUUGGGAAGCAAACAACAGGAGAAUUAAAAAUUCCUCCAGUUUUAAUCUCCAAAUCAAAUCCUCUCUUCCAGUUUGGAUCCACAGUUUCAUCUGGGGAAACAUCUUGGGAAUGUUCCAGUUGCCACUCCAAAAAUAAUGGUGAUAAAGAUAAGUGUGCAUCCUGCAGUGCUGCUCAAAUAGAUAAAAUCAACAAGAAUAAUAUUGAUUUACCUUUGAAAGAAAUACUUUGGAAUUGUUCUAGUUGUCCUACCAUAAAUUCAGGUGAUAUAGCAAAGUGCAUAUCCUGCGACAGUCUCCGAGAAAAUAAAAGUGCGUCAGAUUUCCCAUCAAAAGGAGCUGGUGAUGUAAAAUCUAAAGAUAGCAUUGCAAGUUUCAAUAUGCCUUCUACAACCAGUGCAUCCAGUUCUCCAUUUACUUUUGCUGCUGUUGCUUCAUCUUCUACAACAACUGCUGCUAUUCCUGCAUCUUUAACAACUACUGCUGUUACUACAUCUUUGACAGUUAAUUCAGCAAUUAGUGCAUCUUCAACAACUAAUGCUGCUAGUGUAUCUUCUGCAAUUACAACUACUGCUACUACCAGUACUGGAUUUUCAUUUGGUGCUACAACUAAUGCACCUUCUGCUGGUACUUUUGUCUUUGGUGCCAAAAGUGAGCCUGUUUCUACAGCUUCAUCACUAUUUAAAUUUGGCACAGCCACUCUUUCUACUUCUAAGCCUUCAACAACUGGCUUUGAAAAUAACUUGUCUGCAGCUGCUGUUGCGCCCUUCCAGUUUGGUAAAUCAUCUGUUGCAACGACAACUGCUCCCACAUUCGGAGCUGCUAGUAACACUUUUACAUUUGGAGCAGCUAAAAGUGAAUCAAACAAUUCUAUCAAACCUACAGUUUCUUCAUCUCCUGCAUUUGGUACUUCACAAUCAGUGUUUGGCACUGCUGUUAGUAAUGCAAUGUCUACCUUUGGGACAUCUGGAGGACUGAACCUUGCUGCUCCGACUGUCUCCAAAACAAAUCCUCUUUUCCAGUUUGGAGCUAAUGCUCCAUCUGCUGAAGCAUCUUGGGAAUGUUCUAGUUGCCGUGUGAAAAAUAAUAGUGAUAAAACUACAUGUUCAUCUUGUGGUACUCUUCGACAAGAGAAAAGCAUUUCAGGUUUUACAUUCAAAGGAACCAAUGAUGCAAAAUCAAACACCAGUGCCCUAAAUUUCAAAGCAGUCGCUACAACAAGUUCUCCCUCAAGCGGAUUUACAUUCAAUGCCCCUUCAACAACAACUGCUGCUUCAACUGGUUUUACAUUCAGUGCAACACCUGCAUCUUCUACUGGUAAUUUUGUGUUUGGAGCAAAAAGUGAGGCAACUACUGCAUCAACACCAUCUUUUGCAUUUGGUUCUGGAAGUGCUUCAACUGCCAAGCCUUCAAUUACUACCUUUGAAAAUAAUUUAUCAUCAACUCCAGCUGUGCCAUUUCAGUUUGGAAACCAGCCUACUAUUGCAACUAGUGCACCCACUAUUGGAUUUGGUGGAGCUGCUAGUAGUGCUUUUGCAUUUGGAAAUAAACCAGAAACUGUUAACUCUCUUCAACCAGCAGCUAGUUCUACUCAAAUGCCUGUGCCUGCAUUUGGUAGUGCACCUACUCAGCCGAUGUUUGGAAAUUCAACAACUCCCGCUUUUGGAAAACAAGCUCCAGGGGGUUUCAAUUUUGGUCUCCCCACUUCUUCCAACUCAACUCCUGUCUUCCAGUUUGGAGUGGAAAAGAAGCAAGCCACGCCACAAUCAGGAUUCUCUUUUGGUACUCCUUCUCAGGACGCCAUGAAUCAGAAUUUCCAACCUCAAUUUAAUAUUAGUACUCCGCAAUCUUUCAAUUUUGGGGCUACUUCUUCAGCCGGACCAUUUCAGUUUGCAGCAAGUAGUGACAGUUCUCAAGCAACAUCAGCAGGGCCACGUAAAAUUCGAAAAGCUUUCAGACGAAUGAAAUAGCAAGUUACAAACAAUGCUUCAAGCUUUUAAUAGAAGAAUUUAUAUAAAAAUAAACAAACCACGAGGUGCCUGAAAGCCGUACAGUUGUGGAAUUUUAUUUUUAACGUGACAUAAUGCAAAGAAAUACACACAAAGACAUACUGGAAUUUUUUAACAUUCAAACAGAAGACAUAAAUGAAUUAUACUUGUUACAAAUUCCACCUCUUUGACGGUACACAUACACACACUGCGUUCCAUAUCAGUCGCGUGUGUACAAUUGUGAAAGAAAUUUUAGAUUUCUUCACGCAAAGAAUUUGUUAAUUGUAAAUAAACUGCAUUGCUUUUCUUUCUUUCUUUUUUUAGAAAUGAUAAUGAACUCUCAGGAUGGUAUUUUUUUUUUAAAUUAAUUUUUCUAAAAAUUCCAAGAUUGUAAAUUGAAAACAUGAAGUUUCUGUACCUUAUGUUUGAUUCUAGAAUUUUUUUUUUUUUUUUUUAAUUGAAAAAUAGUUUCAAAUUUAUACUUCUCAUUUUUAAAGAACUGAAGAAUUACCUUGAUUGAAACAAUGACGAGGUCUUAGUUGCUCCUAUUUGACAAAAAUUCCCAAAAAUAUCAAUUUCUGUAUGUUGUAUAAAUGAAAUUGUUUAUGAAAUGUGUUGUUUCACCGUUAGUGCAUAAUUCAAGUUAGAUUGAUCGAGAGUUUACCUAAUAAAAAAUUGAGUAUCAACCAUAAUUAUGUAUGUUGUGUUUAUGCAGAAUGAAAUGUAACAAGAAAACAUAAUUAUGUUUUUAUGUGUGUUUGAUACUAUUUUAAUCUAUUUAAAUGUGAGUUACAAAAUAAUUUUAAUUUUUCAUCACCAUAAAUAUUUUUUUUUCUGCAUGGAUAUAUAUAUAUUAGGAAGUGUUGUGCCAUAUUAUUUUUAAAAUGAUUUAUUGGGUGAAAAUAAUCAAUGAGUUUUUUAUAAAAAAAAUUGCUUUUGUUUUUCCAUUAAAAUUUUUUAUUUAUUCUAAUCUUUUAUAAUCAAUUGAAUUUCUGUGUAAAAAAGAGGGGCGAUAUACUUUUAAAUGUGUUCCAAGUUACAUUUAACUUGCAUUUUUAAAAGAAGUAUUUUUCAUUCCAAAUUUAGACUUUGGGUCUUUUUAUACAUAAUUAUCAUAUUUUACAAGUCACUGCAGUUCAUUCAAACCAUAAUUUCAUGUCAGGAAUUUUGGUAUGUAUUGACCCUCUAGUCAUGAUCAUGGCAGUACUGAAAUUCAUGAUCAUGAAAUGCUUUGAUUAUGAAACGAUCAUGUUAUGAUAAAUAUGUCAUGAAACUUGUUAAUAUCAUUAUUAGAUUUUUUUGCUAUGAAAGUUGUGAACGGUACUUCAGUUGUAAAGGUAUUUCUAUCGUUUAGAAGAAGAAGAAAAAGUUCAUUAUCAUAUUGUAUAUAAUUAAAACAGACUGUAAAUCAUACAUGUUUGUAAAUUUGUUUUAUUUCCACUCAAGAUGCAGAUGUGGUGCCGACUGUUAUCUGUGAACUUUAUAUAUUAAAGGAAAGGACUUUAAUUUGAAUACUACAUUCUUAUAUAUAAAUUAUUAUAUAAUAAAAUAAAAUCUUUUAAAUUAUUGAGAAAAAAAAGUCCUGUGCUGAGAGCUCUCCAAGGCUUGUCAUCAUUGUAGCUGGAUUUUAGAAAGUGAGAAAUUUAUUUUUGAUACGGGAUUGGGGAGAGUUUUGGCUUCAAGUUAGCUCUAUGUUGUGUAUUUUUUUUCUGUUUCUUUUUGUCUUUAUUUUCAUUAUUGAUUCAAUGUUUCUCAAAUAAAAUUUUUCACAUUAUCUUGCUAA